GAAAGGCACCAAGCUUCUCGUCGAGCAAUAACGAUUCGGUCUUGUCGAGUAAUAAUAAACGAUCUAGCAGUACAACAACAACAGCAGCAGCAGCAUCACGGCGACACUCCUCCAUGCCGCUCUCGCAUCACUGGCCCAUGUUUGGUUCCUCGGGUUCCGUGGAAGAAUGCCCGACAUCGCCCACUUCAAGUUAUUCGACAGAGUAUCCUGGUCAGGAACAUCAUCUUGGUAGAAAUAUGUUUUAUAAUAGUUCAGAUUCUUUCCAUCAGAUGCCGGCAGAUGAACAAAGUCCGAGAAAUAAAACACAUUUCCAACCAUUGGAUCCCAUUGACGAAAAAGCAAUGUUUGAACGUUAUUUUUUGGAACAAAAACAACAACUCAUCAUGAUGCAACAGUAUAUGUAUCAGCAAUAUGGUCCUACUAUCUUGACAGAUCCAAAAUACAUGAUUCCUAAUGAAUUAUCUUUACAUCAAGAUCAUUAAGCCCUCACU